AUGUCUACUUCCUCUUCCAGUUAUGCCAACUAUCUCCCGAACGAACUGCUGCUUGAGAUCUUGGCGUACUUUGCAUCGUGGGGCGAGACCGAGAGGCAAACCGCGCUUGCACGCUUUUCCGCUGUCAAUAGACAGUGGUAUGAUAUAGCAGUUCAACCACUAUACGAAUCACCAUAUCUAUCAGGAAGUCUAGAUCAGCAAGGUAUCAGACCCCUACUUGACAGCUUAUCUGCAUCGCUUACGGUCGUCGAACUCCGCGAUCUACCAGCCGUCAAACAAGGCCGAUUGAACAGUGUACUAGACUGGCUACCAAACCUCGUCUCUCUAACCAUAGCACUAGACUACAUCGACAGUCGAUUCGGAAACAUGCCACCAGAUUUCUCACCAGCCCGAUGGCAAGAAGCCAAGCCACUAUACAGACUGACUCUCCUCGCUUGUGGACGGACGGGUGAUCCCUCACGUAGUUUCACGAUGACUGAUCUCUUCACCUUAAUAGACGAACGGUAUCUAGGCCGUUUGCGCUAUCUAAACAUAGGACAUAGCACGGAGUGGCAAAUUGAGGAUGAAGAGCUGGGCGCACUCGAGUCCAGUGUAUAUGAGCAGGACAAGGAGAGUUGGUUGGGCCGCAGAUGGCACUACGAAGACGUGGAUUUCACGGAUACGAGGGGUUUGGAAUACGAGCAAUGGAUCACAGACAUGGCGAUUGGGAGGGAAAUGAGACCUCGGUUUCGGCUUUUGAGGAAUCGAUAG